GUGGUCAUACACGCUCUUUCGUGUUUGAUAUAUUACUUACAAACGUCAAGACCCACGGAUAUAAUUAAGCAAUUUUAUUUUAAUUUGACCGCAAACUUUAUAAACCAGUCGCUUGAGGUAUAUUUCUUUUGCAGACAAAACAUCUGACCGUGACAGAGUGACGUGUGGAACACUUUUCUGCUGUCGUUCACUGAGGAUUGGUAGUUGUAUUAGCAAAGACAGAAAUCAUUUGCGCUUACGUGAUCCAGUUGGUAGCUGGCGUGGGAAACCAAAACUAUCUUAGCUUGGUGUAGAUCAUCUCGUAAGUCAAACGAUUAGUGCCCUGAAGAAUUUUUCGUUACGAUUCAUUCCUUGCCAGUUUUAACAGCAAUGCUAACUGUGACAAUUACGAUAUCUGAAGUCGCGAGUUAUAGAGUACUGAAUUGACUUCGCUUACUAAGGAUCAUGUUAGCUUAACGGCGAUCCAAUUGGUUUAUGGCGAGAAGGAAGCAAGCUCUGCAAAUUUUGUAAACGUUGUUGUAUGUCAUACUCUCACUGAAGUUAAACACAUGAGUCGAUGCCCUGGAAUCAUUUUGUGAAUUUCUGCUGCAGCGCUCUCCCAAAGUCUUCGAAUUUGCAGACCUCCGUUCGACUUAUAUCGCUAAUUGUGUCUUCAACAAUUUUCUGUCCUCUACCGCCAUCAUGUUAAACAUUGUAACAAUCCACGCGAUAAGAAAAACUUCGUCGUUGCCAAAGACUUUAAAAACAUUGCUGGUGAGUCUUGCUGUUUCAGAUGUUGGUAUUGGUUUGUUGGGACAGCCUCUUUACACCUCACUUCUGGUAAAAUGGUUACAAGAAAAAGACCCUGGCUGGAACAUCCAUUUGGCUUUUGCGAUAACAGUAGGUAUGUUUUCCUUUUCCUCUUUUUUGAGUGUUGUGCCCAUAAGUGUUGAGAGGUUCUUGGCAAUUCAUCUUCAUUUGAGAUAUCAGGAACUUGUGAAUCACAAGCGUGUUGUUGCUAGUCAACCAUUUUAUAUCUCACUUCUAGUCAUGUGGCUACAACAAAACAACCCCUGCUUUAAGGCAUAUACGAUGUUUACCAUUAUUAUAAGUGUGCACGUGUUUUGUCUAGCGUCGUUCUUGGGUGUUGUGGUUUUAAGUUUAGACAGAUUUUUGGCAAUUCAUCUUCAUCUCAGAUAUCAGGAACUUAUGACUCACAAGCGUGUUGUUGCUGAGGUGAUUUCAAUAUGGCUGCUUAGUGUGCUUUCUCCUUUGAUGAUUUUCUGGGCUGGAUACGAUAUUUACUAUCUUGUGGAGUUUCUCCUCGGAGUUUUUUCGCUCUUUCUUACAGCAUUGGUUAACAUCAAAAAUUACUUAACGGUACAACGCCACAAGAAUCAGAUUCAGGCCCUGCAAGUACAACAAGAAGCACAGACUGACGACAUGGCGCAUUUCGCUCGUCUCAUCAAGUCGGCACUCAGUGUAUUCUACGUAUACGUGACGUUUGUGGUCUGUUAUUUGCCUUACUUUAUCAGUGUGGUCGUCAUAGAAAGCAACGGACCGAAUAUCUCUUUGAAGAGAUUUUCUCUUUUCUCGUUGACUCUCAUUCACCUUGACUCAUCUUUAAACCCAGUGAUUUACUGCUGGAAGACGAGACACAUUCGACACGCUAUCAUGGACAUACUGCGGAACAUGCCUUGGCUCAGAAAUCGCGCAUCACAUUUAUCUUAGGGUAGGCAGUGUUAUGCCAUCUAUUCCCCACAUUUAUUGCUGUUAUUGUUGAUAAACGCCUUUUGUGUAUGACAUUAACUACGAGCAGUCUAAAUUUAGCUGCCUGAAGACAAACGAGAUCGUGUCAAACUGACUCAAAGUGUUUUAACACUAUUAAUAUAGUUGUUCAGCACAUAUUCCGCUGUGUCUUUUUUCGGUGUUUUAGAAAAGGCUUUAUUUAUCAAUGAAUUUAUUUGAUCUUGUUACUGUUGUUCGCUCCUACUUGUGGAGCCGAGCCCGGAAUAAAUAACUGAUUACUUCAUAUGCAAUAGUCGCUUUUGCGGAGAGCAUUACAUACUGAGGAGUAUAAGAGUAUAAGGUAUUGAUAUAGCUUAGUAACUUCUGACACAGUUGCGUUCUAUGGUAGUUUUAUGCUUUAAGCAAGGAUUAAUCGCAAUAGCCUGGAAUAAAUUUGAUCACAGAUCAGAAUAUUGAUGGAUACGUUGCUACGUUGUUUCAAGAAAUAGCAGUUCUACUGGCCGUAUUGUUGUCUCUUUCAUUUGCAUAACAGAAACUUGAGGUUAACAGCAGAUGAAACUGGCAGCAGUUUGCAGGUAUUCAAUGGAUUAAUUUUCUAAGUGGCUUCAGGUUAAGCAACCGUUUUCAUUUGGUUCACUGUUGACAGUGGUUCCUUUUGGCAGUCUUAGAUGAACUAAUAACUAUGCAAGUGCUAAUUUAUUUUCGAUCAGUGCACUUAUAAUGUAGUUAAAGUUCGUCAUUCAGUAAUAUUCUUCAUUUACCGCGGGUAAAACGUCUGCCAAGUUAUUGACAGCCGUUUAAGUUUUCACAAACACAAUGCUUGAUUAAUUGACCUGACACUCACGCCAAUGACGGUUACCUCUCGGUUUUAUAAAAGCAAAAACGUGAAGUCUGCGUCAGGGAAGUUGCCCAUAAGGCCGGAAUUUAUCCCUGUUUCUGUAGCAUAAAGCGACCAGGAGUAUUGAUAGUCCCCCUGGAUGGGAUGCUGGUCCAUCGCUGGUUGAAUAGCUAUUCAUUCUACUCAUUAACAAUUCAUCGAGUUUAAACGAAGGAACAGUCAUGACCGUGACGAUGUUUGGAUAUUUGAUCUUAAUUAGCACAAAUUUUUACGAUUUUAUUUCACCUCAAAGUUCGCCAAAAAUGCUCCGCUGGGCGUCGUAUUUUCAACUCUCUUC